AUCUAUGGCUAUUCGUCCAGGUCGAUGACAGACUAUCAUUGUUGCUAGGUACCAUCAUCCGGAUAAGGAUAGAAGUAUCCGGGAUAGGAAUGAGCGUGAAGUUCUACACAAAACGGAACAGGUGCUUGGUGACUCUCGUCUUGCGAAACACAAUGGAGAUCCUCUUGCAUGGACGACAAAGAUAACAUUAAAAACUACAAGAUUGAUUAAGCUAAAGUAAAUGCUUAACAUACAAAAACAAGUAUUGUAGUGUAGUGCACUUUAAUACGCAAACGCUCCCACUGCUCACCUCCGCCUGUAGUUCAUAACACCGCAUGAAAAUUCAUCCCCUAUCAAAAAACAUGCUGAAGUAAAAAAGUCUCGUAUGAUUCAUCAUCAUUGACUGAUCAGUUUUCAUAACUACAAUGAAAUUGUAGGCUCAUGCCACACCAUCUGCGAUAGCAUCAUCGCUUGGUCAUUCACACAAGUGGGAAUAGGAAUUGUGAGAGCAAUAAAAAUAGAAUUGAGCAGCCAUCCAUUUCAUUGAAGACUUCAUUUUACCAAAAAUGGUUCAUGAGAUAAGGAAACUAAUGUGACCAACGAAGCCAGCAUGGUGAUAGUAGAACUAAUGUGACCAACGAAGCAAUCAAAAUCAUUUUAACAAGCUGCAUAUCCUAGAGAUCGUCCACAGUAAAAGGACAUUAGAACUUAAGCCAGACCAAACCUACACAAAAAGAACAGACUUCUACACAAAUAAGGACGUGAUUCUUGAUCCAUAGUGUACACAAAACAUUUAUAGUUCUUGUUUAGAUGAACAAGUUAACACAAGCAUGCCUCACACCACAAACAUCAGCCACCAACAACUAAUUUGAUGCACCCCUGCAAUCUCUAUAUCAUAAAAAGGUAAAUAUAUAUGAAUUUAUGUAUCAAAUAAUAUGAUUGAUUGAAUUUUAGAUUUUCAUGUCCUAUAUGUUGUACAUGGACUUCUCUGUGUGUAAUUUCAUAUUUUUUCAUUUACAUACAACAAGACAUGGACACUCCUUGGGCAAAUUUUACAUUCCCAGUUCUAGAUCAGAAAAGCAUCCAACCAGCAGGUGCAACAUCAGUUCUUGCUAAGCAGGCGGCAUCUCCUGAUCAACAUUCUCUUCCCACCAAGUAGCAUUCUACAGCACAGAAAAUUGAUUAUUGUAACUCGUAUUGUCUCUAUGAUGUGCUAUAAUGAAAUGUAGUUUAUGCAAGCAGGCGCUUUGACAUUCUCUUCCCACCAAGUAGCAUUCUGCAGCACAGAAAAUUGAUUAUUGUAACUCGUACUGUCUCUAUGAUGUGCUAUAAUGAAAUGUAGUUUAUGCAAGCAGGCACUUUGAAGCUGCAACCGGCUGUUUAGCUAGGAUAAGAUGAGCCAUGUAUCCUCUUCUAAGAAAUUCAAGGCAGCUUCCUUGUUCUUCUUGUAAACCAAUAACUCUCGAUUCACCUCUAACUGAAUAAGCCCGUACAUGGACUACAUCAUGGAUUGGAUAGAAACCCAGCUGGACGACGAAGCCAUUUUCCCUCAACGGCUUGGGGCUGCUUUCCCUCCCAACUUCCACGACGUUGUCAAGACGGUCCUGAAGCGCCUCUUCGGGGUGUACGCGCACAUCUACCACUCCCACUUCCAUAUGAUCGUCAAGCUCAAGGAAGAGGUGCAUCUCAACAUUUGCUUCAAGCACUUUGUGCUCUUCACGCUGGAAUUCAAGCUGAUCGAGAGCGCAGAGCUGGCUCCUCUCAGUGAGCUGUCAGUACUAAACUGGUGAGAUAGUUCGAAUAGGCGGCAGCCGCGGCACACCAAGUGUUCAGUUUAAUGUUCGUUUGGUUUCGGAUGGAACAUCUCCAUUUACACAUUUGGUAUCAGCCGUUGGCAACUCAGAUGAUCUCCGUAUCAGCCGUUGAUAUCUACCUAUUCUAUUACUAUAUCCCUUCUCUUUAUUAAAAAAGAAGGGUUCGAUCCAAAGUUGUGCCUCUCAGAACCUUUUAGCGCCAUACCGCUGCUGUACUGGAUGAUUUUGGCACAGACAGAAGCUAAUGUCAGUUCUAAAUUCUUUUUUA